AUGGCGUCUCCCUUUCCCUCCAUCGACAUCCCCCACGUUGACCUCUGGACGUGGUUGUUCGAGAGAGCCGACCGUCCGUAUGCGUUAGACAAGCCCCUCUUCCUGGACCCCCUGAGCGAGCGGAGUCUCAGUUUCCGCCAGCUCCGCCAGCGCUCGCUCGCCUUCUGCGAGGCCCUCCAGACGCAAUGGGGCUGGCAACCGGGCGAUAUCUUAAUGGUGGUAGCGCCCAACUCGAUUGCCCUCCCCGAAGUCAUCUACGGCACGCUGGCCGCCGGCGGGGUGGUGUGUCCCGUCAACCCUCACUAUCGCGCCGACGAGCUGCGCCAUCCGCUCACCGACGCACGCGUCCAAGCCGUCGUCACGACGCAGGCCCACGCCUCUGAGGUGCUUGAAGCCGCUGACCGGACGGGCCUGUCGCGCGACCGGGUGUUGGUGCUGGACAAAGCACAAGCGCCCUCGCUGGUCGUCCACCACCGCUGCUCCCUCGCCCGCGAUCGCCCGCACCGUCCCCCGGUCGCAUCGCCGAACGAGCUUGCUUUCCUGGUCUACUCCUCCGGAACCACGGGGCUGCCGAAGGGGGUGAUGCUCUCCCACCGGAAUCUCGUCGCGAAUCUCGCGCAGAACCUCGCCCUGGACGGGGGGAAUCUGACCGCCGCCGACCGCGCAAUUGCCGUCUUGCCUUUCUUCCACAUAUACGGCAUCACGUACCUCCUCAACCUCACCGUCUGCAUCGGCAUGACCAUCGCCGUCCUCCCGCGCUUCCAGUUCGAUCCCUUCUGCACCACCAUCCAGCGCCACCGCAUCACCUACGCCUACGUGGUGCCCCCCGUCGUACUGGAGCUGGUGACCAACCCGCGCGUCGCCCAGUACGAUCUCUCCUCGCUGCGCAUGACCCUCUCCGCGGCGGCCCCGCUGGCGGUGGAGUUGAUCCACGCCCUGCGAACGAAGCUGGGGGUUCCCGUGCGCCAGGCGUAUGGUCUGAGCGAGUGUGCGCCGUGUACGCAUUUACAGACGUUCGAGGAAGCCCUCACGCAUCCGGGGUCGGUGGGCCGGUUGAUGCCGAAUAUGACGGCGACUUUCGCGCCCGUGCAGGUGGCCGACGAGGCAGACUCGUCCGCGCAGCCCCCGGGGACGAAGACCCGCCCCGGGGAGUUAUGGGUGUCUGGUCCGAAUGUCUUUCGCGGAUAUCUGAACAACCCCACGGCAAACACCGACUCCUUCGCGGAGGGGACGCGGCGGCAGCGCUUCUACAAGACCGGGGAUGUGGGGUACCUCGAUGCGGCUGGGCAUCUGUAUAUCACCGACCGCGUGAAGGAGUUGAUCAAGUAUAACGGGUUUCAGGUGGCCCCCGCGGAGCUGGAGGGGGUGAUUCUCGGGUUCGCGGAGGUGGUGGCCGAUGUGGCGGUCGUCGGCGUGGCGAGUGGCACGGCGGGGACGGAAUGGCCCCGGGCGUAUGUGGUGGUGAAAGACGGGGUGGAAGGGACGGCGGAGCUGGGGAGGAGGAUUGAGGCGUGGGUGAAGGGGCGAGUGGUGAGUUAUAAGCAGUUGAGGGGGGGAGUGCGCUUCGUGGAAGCGAUUCCGAGGAAUCCGUCGGGGAAGAUCUUGCGGAGGGAGUUGAAGAAAUUGCAGAGGGAGGCACGGUUGUGA